AUGACAGUUGCUGUUCCAGUGGCUCAUACCGCCGUCUCCACAUUGACAGCAGUUCCAGAUAAAUUCCUUACCCCCGUCGCUGGGUGUGCCGUCUUGAUCGUAAUCAUCGUGAACAGCGAAUUGGUUUGUCCGAGCAUUCGCCGAGGAGAAGCGAGAGGCGAGGCAAUUGGUGUGCGAUGCGCAGCUGCGUGGGCCAUGCAUGACAGAGAUGUUGGAGAGAGGUGGAGUAGCCAUAGGCAAGUGGUGGCCGACCUGGGCUUGGGCGUAGUGCUGGACUCUGGAGCCCUCGAUGGGGAGGGAUGCCAUCUUGGAAUAGCUCGGCAUUAUGGUGAUGAAGGGAUGUGGAAAUGUGGUAUGGGCGGUUUGCUAGGUGCCUCAAAAGACGUUUGGGGUCUGAAGAUUAUGGGUUGA